AUAAGAGCGAGGCUUGCACAUACACGAUACGCUCUUAUCCACUGCCCUCUCCACCUGCACAAUCAUGUCCUGGACUAGGACCUUUUGUGUGGGUUUGAUUUUAUUGCAGAUCCUGGGGGCAUCUGAAGGAACGCUACACUUUGCUACCAUCUUCCCAUCAGAGCUGCGUGCCCAGCAUCCUGAACACAUCUGCUUACAAUUGGAGGGAGCUGAAGGUGAAAGCAAUGUGAAAAUAUCUCUAACGUUGAAUGACAAGGAGACCAUCCUCCUAGAAAAAAACUUCCAUGAAGACAACAUAUUCACUUGUCCUGACAUUCAGGUUCCCAAUCCUGAAGAAAAUGAGGCAGUCGGUACAAUAACUCUCUCUCUUAAAAGUUCAGGGGAAUCCCAUACCAACAGUAGUAAAGUUCUAGUAAAGAAGCAGCUAUCCAAAAUUAUAGUCCAGACAGACAAAGCCGUGUACAAACCAGGACAAGUUGUAAAAUUCAGGAUUCUGUCCCUUAAUGAAUAUUUCAAACCAGAAACUAUUUUGAUCCCGGUGGUUGAAGUACAGAACCCAGACAAAAAUAGGAUUAAUCAAUGGUUGAAUGUGAAACUCAAUCAGGGAAUGGCUGAGCUCUCCUUAGAUCUGUCACCUGAGCCCACACUGGGAGAAUACACCAUUAAACUGAAAGAUACAUCUCAUACCUUCAGUGUAGCGGAAUAUGUACUUCCAAAAUUUGAGGUCAAUAUCAAGUUACCUAAAUAUGUUCUGUAUAACAGUGAAACAUUUCCAGUUGAAGUUUGUGCCAAGUACACAUAUGGAAAGCCAGUACAAGGGGAUUUUACAGCUUCUAUUUGCCGUGAAUCUUUUUCAUAUUAUUAUAUGAUGAUUGGUUCAGAUGAACCCGCAAUAUGUGCUAAUUUCACUGGAAAGCUGGACAGAUCUGGUUGCCAUACCAUUGAUGUAAAGUCUGGGGUGUUCAGGAUGAACGAAACUAACAAGAGAAAUGAACUGAAAGUUGCAGCUUCUGUUACAGAGGAGGGGACUGGGGUGGAGUUAUCCUCUAAUGGCCAAACCAGUAUAUCAACUGUCAUCAAUAAACUGUCUUUUGUCAAUGCUGACACUAACUACAAGCCCGGCAUCCCUUACAGUGGUUUGAUCAAAGUGGAGGAUGCUGCAGGUCUUCCUAAACCAAACAUUAAACUUAAUCUGAGAUGUGGCCUUGAUUCGGUGUGCCAGACCUUACUGACCGAUGAGAAUGGCCAAGCUUCUUUUACUCUGAAUACAACCAACUGGAAAGGCUCCUUGGAUUUGUCGGUGCAAACAGACACGCCCAGAGAACCAUAUGUUUUUGAGGUAAAUCAGCCUGAUUUUGGUUUUGCCUCGCAACACGUUGUCCAAUUCUACUCUCGGAGCAAGAGCUACUUAAAACUUAAUUCUCUGGAUGGUGUUCUUCCAUGUGAGGGCCAUCAAAAGGUUCAUGCGGAAUACAUCAUAAGUCACACAGAGCUGGAGGAGGUCAAGAAAGUGUCCCUGCAUUACCUGUUGGUUUCCAAAGUUUCUAUUAAAGACUCAGGGUCAGUGGACAUUAACAUUGAAAACACUAAUGAAGAUAUCUAUGGAAAAGUUACCUUUAACCUUCCUUUGAGUGCAAGCACUUCUACGUUUAUUCAUGCCCUUGUUUACAUCAUGCUGCCUAAUGGAGAAAUGUUAGCAGAUAAAGCAAAAUUCACUGUACAAAAAUGUUUUAAGAAUAACGUAUCAACUAAGUUUUCCCCUGGGGAGGUUCUUCCAGGAUCAGAUGUGUCUCUCCAGGUUGAGGCUGCUCCUGGAUCUCUCUGUGGUCUGCGGGUGGUAGAUCAGAGCGUGGUACUGAUGAAACCAGAGAAAGAGCUGACUGCUAACAAAGUUUUCAACCUCUUUCCUUCCUUUGAUUUUCAAUGGUAUGAUCAUCGUGUCCAGGAAUAUGACCCUUCAUGUGGACCAUUCAGUCCUUUUCCCCCUGAUCCUUUGUUUAGAGGGCUAAUAACAGUAAUGAUCCCCUUAGAUGAGACUGUGGAUGUAUACAGCAUGUUUAAGGCCACGCGUUUAAAAAUAAUAACCAGUGCACUUAUUAAGCAACCUCUAAAGUGUUAUGCUAUUGUAUAUUCCACCAGGGAAAGAACAUUUGAAAGAAAUGUUCUUGUUGCUUCUGCAUCCCUUUCUGGACCCGCAGGCGCACCGCCUGUAGUAAAAGAUGUCGCAGUAGACGGCUCAUCAUCACAGCCAAUGCCAAUGCCAGAAGAAAGUGAAAAAGUAAGAACAGAUUUUCCUGAGACCUGGAUUUGGGGACUUGUUGCUCUUGGAGAAUCUGGAAGAACUGAAAUCCAUCAUAAAGCUCCGGAUACCAUCACUGACUGGAAUGCAGGAGCCGUAUGUAUGGGACCCAGUGGAUUUGGCCUCUCUCCAUCAUCCUCGUUAAGAGUUUUCCAGUCAUUCUUUGUUGACCUUACCCUCCCGUACGCUGUUGUUAAAGGAGAGUCAUUUAUUGUUAAAGCCUCAGUCUUUAACUACCUGAAACAAUGUAUAAAGGUGCAAACCACCUUGCAGACUACUGAUGAGUUACAAGAGAAACCUUGUGCUGAGUGUGAAUAUAGCAGUUGCAUCUGCGCAGAGGAGAGCAAAACUUUCUACUGGAACAUGAAAGCCUCCAAACUAGGAGAAAUGAACAUUACUGUAAAGACAGAAGCUUUGGACACAAAAGAAUUAUGUGGAAAUGAGAUACCUGUUGUGCCUAAAAAAGGCAGAACUGAUACCAUUGUAAAGGCAGUACUUGUACAACCUGGUGGUGUCCUGGUGGAGAAAGCACAGAGCUCUCUGAUCUGCAUCAACGAUGGAGGCCAGCCUAAAGUAGAAGAGAUAUCUCUGAAGAUCCCUGAUAAUAUUCUAGAGGAUUCUGAAAGAGCUUACAUAACAGUGUUGGGAGAUAUCAUAGGCACAGCUUUGCAGAACCUUGAUCGUCUUCUGGCCAUGCCAUAUGGAUGUGGAGAGCAGAACAUGGUUCUCUUUGCUCCUAAUAUCUAUAUCUUGAAUUAUCUGGAGAAGACUCAUCAACUGAACAGCGAAAUCCUGAGCAAAGCCAAGAAUUUUCUGGAGAGCGGGUAUAAGCGUCAGCUGACCUACCAACAUCAUGAUGGGUCAUACAGUGCUUUUGGAAAGAAUGACAAAGAAGGAAACACAUGGUUGACUGGAUUUGUAGUGAAAUCUUUCAGCAAAGCUCGACAUUAUAUCUUUAUAGAUGAAAGUCACCUGAAACAUUCCUUCUCCUGGCUGCAAAAAAACCAACUAGACAGUGGAUGUUUCUGGAGUGUGGGAAGACUUUUCAAUAAUGCCAUGAAGGGGGGAGUAGAUGAAGAUGAAGAUGAAGAUGAAAUUUCACUUUCUACGUAUAUUACUAUGUCCCUUUUGGAAGCUGGGAUAGAUGUGCAGAAUCCGUUAGUGAGUAAUUCUCUGGCCUGUCUGAGGGAAGCCUCUGUGGAUGUCAGCAAUGUAUAUACCCAGACUCUGCUGGCCUACACCUUCACAUUGAGUGGGGAUAAUGAACUCAGGAAAACUUUAAUGGACAAACUGGAGAAAAAAGCAGUGAGGGGAGAUGGACAGCUGCACUGGAAGCGGGAUUCCACUCCUCCUUCUGAAGACACAAACUGGUACAGAGCUCCAUCAGCAGAGGUGGAGAUGACCUCCUAUAUGCUUCUAGCAUAUAUGUCUGGUCCAGAUCCAGAUAUAGGCAAAGCUGCACAGACUGUGAACUGGUUGAACAAGCAGCAGAACCCAUAUGGAGGAUUCUCUUCUACACAGGACACGGUAGUGGCUCUUCAGGCCAUGGCCAAGUAUUCAGAGGUGACAUUUUCUAACAAAGUAGACAUGACUGUGGCCGUCAAUUCCAAGUCGGGAUUCCAUGAGCAAUUCCAUGUGGACAAGAAUAACCGUCUCCUUCUCCAAAAGGCAACUCUAGCUAAUGUUCCUGGAGACUACACUGUGACAUCAACGGGGAGUGGUUGUGUCUUUGUUCAGGCCGUAUUAAGGUACAAUAUCCCUCCUCCGAAAGGUGUGGCCGCCUUCUCUUUAAGUGUAAAAUCAUCUUCAAGAAGAGAAUGUCUGGGGGAUCCUGUGACAAAAUUUGAAAUUCUUAUCACUGCCUCUUAUACCGGUACUCGGGAGGAAUCGAACAUGGCCGUUAUUGAGGUCAAGAUGGUGUCUGGCUACAUUCCGGUGAAGAGCACAGUAAGGAAACUGGAGAAGGACAAGUUAAUAAAGAGAAGUGAAAUCCAGACUGAUGUGGUGACUUUGUACUUGGACCAGAUUGACCACAAUCCAGUAAACCUCUCCUUCAUCGUGGAAAAGGACAGUGUGGUGAAAGACCUAAAACCAGCUACAGUAUCCCUCUACGAUUAUUAUGAGACAGAUGAAAAUGUUUCUGUGGAGUACAACCACCCUUGCAGUAAUGCAGAAAAGUCUGAAAAUUCAAGAUGAGACCCGGUUGUACCGGUCGUAUCAGUACCUACAACCCUGCACCAGAAGCAAAGAUCCUGAUAAAGCAAUAACGCUGUCAUAGUAACAAUAAGAACACUAAAUAAAAUAACAAACACUUGUCUCACAUCGUGUAGAAAUAUGCUUACUUACUCUGUUCAACUGGCUAGUAGUCUGUAGAUUCAGCAAUAAAACUAAAUAAAACUAAAAUCAAAAUAUAA